AUGCACAAGAUCACCAACUUUACGGGCCAGGCCCGUCAUGGUUGGGAACGAAUGACACCGACCUUCGGCAUGUCGCGCCCUCACGCGGAGAUGGCCUCUCACUCCCUGCGACGGCCCCAUGGCGCACCUCCGAUGACCCCGCCGACCGGUAUCGAUCCUACUGUCAACCUCUCCUUCAAUGUGCCGUUUUCCUCGACGCUCGCCGGUCCCGAUGUGGAUGACGUACUGCACGCAAGCCCCAACGCCCUUCAGCGAUGGUCUUUUCCCGAGGGCACCCCCGAAGGCACGCCCAUUCACCAGCUGCCCGUUCACACCAACAACGUCGAGUCGCUACGGAAUCUCUGCCGCCAAAUCACGGAAAGCAGCAAUGGGAGGGUUGAGGCGCUCAUCAGCUCGUCGGAGCCCAAAACCGUUCCAUCUCUACAACGCCGGCCACAGGGAUUAGCUACCAAUGUCUGCAUUACCGGUGACGGAGAGACGGUGCGAAAAAUGCGAGCCAAGAUCAUGAAUGAUACGCCUAUCUUGCUGCGAUGUGCGACCGUCGACGUUGAUACGCAUCUUAUCACGGAUAACCAGACCAAGGAAGUCAGGCCGCCUGUUUUGGAGCACUUGGACACCCUGGCCGCCUACACUGGCACGGAUAUCUUCUUGCUCACCCCUAAGCUUCGCGAUACGGAUAGUGCCGUUGUUUCAUCGUACGGAUAUGCCUCCGACAAUGGGCUGGACCAGCGUUUCCGGGUCUGCAUCUACGGAGAUAUGGAGAGCACGGAACAUGCCAAGACCAGAGUUUUGAUCAUGAUCGAUCAAAUUCUCAAACGUCACGUGGAUGCAGUCAAGCUGGACCUGACCACACACACCUUGGUUUGCGGUCGGACUCGCAAGAACAUCAAGCUCAUUGAAGCCGCCACUGGUACCGCCAUCUACUUUCCUCCUCCGUUCCCGCGCAUCUUCGGUUACAUUCCGCCGGGCGCCCACCGCCGCAGUGAGGACGAAGUUUACAUCACGGGAGAGACUCAGGAACAAAUUGCUCGGGCUAAGCAGAAGCUGCAUGAGCUGGUUAUGGGCGUGAAGGUCUAUGUCAAGGACGUCGUGGUCAACUCGAAUAAAAUCGAUAACGUCUUGCUUGAUCGGUUGGACAAGGUCCGGAAGGUUAUGGAGAUGAAUGGCUCCUACGUACUUUUCCCGCAAUUGGGUAGCCAGCGGGGUAUCGUUCGUAUCCAAGGAACUGAUGUGCUGCACGUCGAGCGCACUGUUAGGGAGAUCAUGGCAUUGGCUGGCCAAUUCUACAGUGCCUCAUGGUGGAUUCUUGUGCCUGACCCAACUCCAGGCGCAGGGCGGACCCCUUCUCAUGCAGAAGUCCGAACGAUGCUUUCCGACAUAUGUACCAAUUCUGGCGCUGAGGUCAGCUUCGAUAAUCUGAACUUCACCAUCAACGGAUCCGACGACGCUGUCAAGGCUGCCAUGAUGGUCAUCAACCAGAUUCCCUUUGUCCAGCGCAGCCAGUAUCAGAUGCGUGUAAAGAUCGAGUUGGCGAAUGAGCAUAAGGAGUUUGUCAGUGGCAAGAAGAACGGCAAGAUCAAUAAGAUUAUGGGACAAAGUAACGUACAAAUCAUCUUCGAUGGCUUCAACGAGUACAACUUCUACAUCGACGUCUGUGGAAACCAGUUUGAGUCGACUAAGAGCGGUCUCGAUCUUGUCGAACAGGAAAUGCCGGCAUCGAUCUCAUUCCACGUCCCAGAUCAGUAUCACAAGAGGAUCAUUGGUAUUGGUGGUCAGCAUAUUCAACGUAUCAUGAAGAAGUACUCUGUCUUCGUCAAGUUCUCCAAUGCCAUGGACCGCGGCGGUAUGGGCAAAGACGAUGAUGACAUCAAGGUCGACAAUGUCAUCUGCCGGACUCCUGCACGGAAUGCGCAGAGCCUCGACCUCGUUAAACAAGAGAUCAUGGACAUGGUUGAGAAGGUCGACGCUGAGUAUGUUUCUGAGCGUGUUGUGAUCAAUCGACUAUAUCACCGUGAACUUCUUGCACGUAUGACGGAGAUUGACGAACUCGAGAAGAAAUGGAACUGCAAGAUCGAGUUCCCUAGCACCGAACUUGCGAGUGACGUUGUUACGAUUUCUGGUCCUGAGUAUCAGGUUCCUCAAGCCGUCGAUGCCUUGCUGGGAAUGGUGCCCGAAAGCCAUGAGCUCCUAUUCCAGACCUCUCCCGAGCUGCGAGAGUUCUUCAAGGGAGCAGACUUCCGCGAGGACGUCUGUGCGAAACUGAAGGACCAGUACGAGGUUGAUACUACUGUGGAUAUCCAGGACGCACCACCGGCUUCUGAGAAUGGCUCGGAUUCGCCUACGUUCCCUCCCGAUGACCGUGUCGUCCUCGGGUACACGCGCAACAACGCUGGUGGUCUGAAAGACGCAAUUGAUUUCUUGAUCUCUCGACUUGUUGCCCACGGUCUCGAUGCCACCACGGUUAAAGGGGCCAUCCCACGACCUAAAUCUGACUCGUUUGAGGAGUCCCUGCCGUUCUUUGACUCGAAACUGUUGCAGCAUGCUCCUACUCCAAUUGCGACGGACUCUCCCACUCGGCCUAGCUUCACCGACGAGUCCAGUGAACGUGGAUCAAUCUUCGAGCGACUCAGGAAGCCCGGCAGCAUCUCCUCGUUCUCCUCGUUUAUCGGCCGCAAGAACCAUUCCGCCUCCCCCGCCUCAUUUUUCAAGCACGCCUCCAGCAAUGCCUCAAAGGCGUCUCUGGUUUCCAUGGAGUCCCGGGAUAGCGGCUACCGCAAUCCGUGGAAUGACUCCGGCGUGAACCUCCCCGAGGACGACCUCCCUGCCCUUGGGAGUUCCCACAGCCACAGCAGCAGCAAUGGCUGGCCCGCGCGCUUUGACACGAAAUUUCCAUUCGGUACCGCGCCGGGGGACAUGACACCCAAGCAUGACCUCCGGGCUUCUUUUGAUAGUGGUCGUCCUAGCACUUCCAAUUCUACUUCUGGAUACCCGGCCCCUAUUGGGCCACCGCGUUAA